AUGAACUACCGCGCUCCCAACAAGUCAUCAAGCGCUCCCACCAGAGAAAAGGGGAGAGAUAGAAGGAGAGAUAGGAAGAGAGACAGGAAGAGAGACAGGAAGAGAGACAGGAAGAGAGACAGGAAGAGAGACAGGAAGAGAGACAGGAAGAGAGACAGGAAGAGAGACAGGAAGAGAGAGUAA